AUGGUGAUGGAGAGGAAGUUCGUUUCGGUUAUUGUUCUGGGGAUCUGUCUGGUGCUGGGAAUGUCCCAGUAUGUUGAAGCAAGGAACUUGGAGAAAAAAUCAAAGGAAGAGGUGAAGAAGCCGGAGUCAUGCAUAGAUGGAGGGUCCGGUGGUGGUUUGGGUGGAGGAAGUGAUGGUUUAGGAGGAGGGUACGGAGGUGGAGCUGGUAGUGGUUUAGGUGGUGGAUUUGGAGGAGACGGUGGAGGUGGUAGUGGUCUAGGUGUUGGAAUUGGUGGACUUGGAGGUGGUGGACUUGGAGGAGUUGGAGGUGGUGCCGGUGCUGGUGCCGGUGCCGGUGCCGGUAUAGUUGGUGGAAUUGGUGGAGGCAUUUACAAGGGAAUUGGAAUUGGAGGUGUUGGAGGUGGUGUAGGUGCCAUAGGUGGAAUUGGUGGUGUCAUUGGUGGUUUCGAGCAUGUUGACGACAAUAAGCCUUGA